AGGCUUUUCUCGCCAACAGAACCCCAAUAGGCUAUUUUGGACUUUUUGCACAUAAUUAUUAAAGAUAGAUUUUCGUGCCAUGCGUAAACCAAGCUGCUGAGAAUCUACCCCAGCCACAAGGGGGAGCUGCUCCAGUAGUUCAGGAUACCCCACCCAGCCCCACAAGGGUUGACGGACCCCCUACCUAUACCUAUACCUGAUGAUUACCUAUACCUGAUGAUUUUCAAUCCACAACUCAUUUUCUUUAAUAUGUGACAAGCCUUGCAAAUUGUGAUAAUAUGUAUCAAAUUAGUGGUCCGCAUAAGCCAAUAUUUGAAAAUUAUGGAGGUGCAGGCCCAAGUACUUCGAAUCAUCAACAAGAAAUCCAAGAAAGAACAGCGAAGGAAAAACGUGACAAGAAAAGUGUUUUCUCGACUCGAGAUGUUUGAAGGUGCUAAAUCAAUAGGUGCCAGAGCUGCUACAAUUGCUUUAGCCGGAGCUGCUGUCGGUAUUGGAAAUGUCCUCAGUUCUUUGAUUCAUUCCGUGGCGCGAAAUCCAUCAUUGGCUAAACAAUCAUUUGGUUAUGCCAUUCUGGGCUUUGCUCUCACCGAAGCUAUUGCAUUGUUUGCCCCAAUGAUGGCCUUUCUGAUCUCAUUCGUUUUCCGAUCACAUAAAAAGGAAUGUGAAGUUACGUUCUUAAAAUAUUCGUUCCAAUGCUCUCCUGGUAAUGACAGAGAUGAUGCAUCGAGUUCAGUAACAGAGGCUCCCACAAAACCGAUUGUGGAGGACCAAAUCCAGGAGUUUCUGAGCCAAUAUGGCAAAAAAGCCCCGCAGCCAAGGAUAUUUGAUGAGUUAAAAAGGGAUUUAAAGUUUUCGUCGGCUACUCAGGAGGAUUUGGUGGAAAUAAAUCGCCUUAUAACUACUCUAGGAAAAAAAGCAUUCCGCACCCCUUCGGAAGCCGCUUCUCAACUUGCAAUUGAUUUUGAGAAAUACUAUUGGGAGAAGUACAAAAAGCACUCUAUAGACUAA